AAACAGUGGAAAAGUUUCUUUUUUCAUUUUCUGCAGGCUUGACCACUGAGACAGAAGCUGCCCUCUUCACACAGGCUUGGCCACUGAGACAGAAGCUGCCCUUUUCACACAGGUUUACCUCUCGUUCAUUAAUUUCCUGUGUUCUUUGAGACAAUCAGAGUAAACGAGGGCUUUGUGUGUGUCUGUCUAGACUCCAGUGUUUUGAGAGGACGGUGCUGGCUUUCCCACUAGACUGAAGUAUGGCCAUGAGAACUCGUUUGAGAUGGCAGCAAGAAAAAUGUCUGCAGAAUUAUUUCGGAGGAAAACAGCUUUGCCUUCUUUACAAGGCAAGUGUGCAGAAGUUUGAUGAUCGGAAUUUGCUCUGGAUAUGUGAGAAUCAAGGUCCUACCAUGGUAGUGGUUUACGGUGAAAACCGUGUUAUUGGCAUGUACCUGCAAGAGGGCUUCCAAGAAAAAGGAGCUUCUAUAACCGUUUUUGCACUCCAACAGACUGGAUUUUCACUAUGUGAAAUAGGACGAGAUUCACCAUACUUAUUAUUUGUUGAUAGAAAUACUUCUGAUUUCUGUAUAAUGUUAAAUAGCAAAGCUGUGAUUAUAAGUGCAGCAAUCCGUAAAAAGCUUCGACUGCCUGUUCAAAAUAGCAUCACAUCUAUUCAGGAGUGCGAAGCGUUUCGAUGUGAUGAGUUAUUGGAUGAAAGAAAGACAAGUGGCAUUGCUGCGUUACAGAGCAAUUUACUGCAUGCCCUGAGAAACUACAAGCCAUAUGGAGACCUGGUUGAGCAAACACGAGUACUACUGUUGGGUCCUAUUGGAGCUGGGAAGUCUAGCUUUGUCAACUCAGUCAAGUCUGUGUUCAAGGGCAGCAUCACACACCAGGCCUUGGUGGGCUGUGAUGAAAAUGGAAUAUCUGACAAGUAUAGGACAUAUUCCAUCUUUCCCAAGGAUGACAGUGGCCCCCUGCCAUUUGUCCUAUGUGACUCGCUGGGGCUGGGUGAGAACGCUGGCUUGCACACAGAUGAGGUAUACCACAUCUUAAAGGGCCACACUCCUGACAAAUACCAGUUCAAUUCCAUGAAACCAAUCAUAUCAAGCCAUCCAAACUAUAUCCGUGACCCACUGCUGAAGGACAGAAUUCACUGUGUGGUGUUUGUGUUUGAUAUCAAUUCCUUUGGACUGCUCUCUUGUGAGCUAGUGGAAAAGAUCAAGCAAAUUCGAAGAGACUUGAUAAAGCAUGGCAUUCCCCAUUUGGCUUUGCUUACACAAGUCGAUAGCCUGGAUCAGAUUACAAAAGGAGACCUGGUAGACAUAUACAACCAUAGUCCUGUGAAGUCCGAGCUGGAAGCAUUCCAUAGACUCUUUGGUUUUGCCUUAUCUGACAUCUUGGUGGUGAGUAAUUAUGUCUCAGAGUGGCAGCUGGACCCAGUGAAGGAUAUGCUGAUCCUCUCAGCACUGAAAGAGAUCCUGUAUACUGCAAAUGAAUUCUUAGAGGAUCUGCCUUUGAACAAAUAAAGACUGAUGAUCUUGGAGCUGGAAGAUAUCAGAAGAAAAAUGUUACAAUGUUGCAAAAAAGAAAGAAAAGAAAAGAAAAAGGAGAGACUUUAUCAUAUGUUAAUAAUGAACUCAUCAAGAGAGUAGUGAGAAAACAUGGAAAUCAAAAGGCACAGAGAGACUGGAGUGCAUUGUAACUGUGCCAGGGAAAAGCACAUGAACAAGAUUACAGUACUCUUGAUAAAAGAUAAAGAAAAAUGUAAUCAGCUAUAACAAAACCAAUCACAAUUCUGUUUGAUUUAUAUUCUGUAUCUAUGAAAAAUAAAAUAGUUAAUUGUUUAAGACCCCA